GCUGAUGUCUCUUAGUGGUUAGCCAGCUUUCAUAAUAGCAUCUCUCUGUGCAUCAGAGUUUCCAUUUGUGGGUCAUCACCAAAGAUAUUAUUGCAACAUUUUGUGGUUUAGUGAUGUUUUUGACCAUCCCUUCUGCUCUCCUCUUCCUCUCACCUUUCUGCGGUACCUCAGUUCUCCAGCAGGUGAACGGGUUCAGCAUUAGAGUACCCAAAACAGUUGUUGCUGUUGAAGGAACCUGUGUUAUGGUGCCAUGUCAGACAGACCCUUACGAACGAGUCAACUGGUACCAGUACCAUAAUCUAAAGUAUCCUAUUGUUUAUGAUGGAUUUUAUACUCAUAACGUGGAACAGAAGUUCAGAGGACGCACCAAAGUAUUGGGCAAUGCUGCAGAGGGAAACUGCACCCUGACGAUUGACAAUGUGAGCACAGCUGACCAUAACCUACGUGUUUAUGUGUGGAUCAAUCCAGGCUCUCAGACAACUCAGAAAUUCCAUGAUCAAACUGUAACUAUCAGUGUUGAAAGAAAAGCUCCCGUAAUCUAUAUUCAGAAGCAAAUAGUGGAAGGGGAGAUUUUCCAGGCCAACUGCAGCAUAAUCUACUCUUGCCCUUCCUUACCUCCAUCCCUUCAAUGGAACUUAAACACAUUUCUGGAAAACUACACUUUUGUGGAUUUCCACAUGGAAGUGCAUGGCCAAUGGUUCUACAAAAAGACACUGCGUGGAGUAGCAACCUAUCUGAUGAAUAACAGCAGGAUUAGCUGUUCUGCUAAGUUUAAAACCUUUACCAUGGGAAGUCAACAAAUGACACUCAACAUUUCAUACAAGCCUGUCACUGUUAGAGUGAAAAAGGAAAAGAAAGUUGUGGCGGAAGGUGACAGCAUCAUGAUUGAGUGUGUUGCUAAUAGUAACCCCCCGCCACACAAAUACCUUUGGUUUAUAAGACAAUUAGACCAGCACAAGAUAGAAAAUUCAACUCAGAGUAAAAAGCAUUUCAGCAACAUUGUACGAGAUACAUCUCUGUCCUGCAUGGCUCAAAAUGCCCUUGGAGUGCAGCAGUCCAUCUGGGUGGAUCUGGAUGUUCAGUAUCCCCCUGUAAUCCUACCUGAGUCCUCGUGCCACCUUACAGGAGACGUUCUGAGGUGUGUCUGUUUGGUUGAUGCAUCCCCUAAUGCUUCUAUAUACUGGACUAUAAAUGGAAAUUACACCCAUUUGUCCUCAUUCGCCUCCGCUUUGACAAAUAAGAAACAUGUAAUCUUUGAGGAAAUAAAGAUUACAGUUAAAACCCAGACCAAUGUAUCGUGCACAGGCAGAAACCCACAUGGAAGUGACACCAAACAGAUACCUGCAGUCAGUUUGUCAGAAUCAUCCCUUAUGUGGCUCAUGCUGCCAGGAAUGAUUUUCCUCUUUGGAUGUGCUGUCCUCAUUUACAGAAAAUAUCCCGUAAAGAGAAUUCAAACAUUUUUUAGGUUAUUUUUUGGAGGAGGUCAUGUCCAACAACAACAGAUAAACAACAAUUUUCGGCGGUGAGGAAAAUUAUUCCAAAUGAAGUAGCUACUUCAGUUUUGAUGUGUUGUA